AUGGAAAAGAAGAUCGACUCCAGAUCUUUUCGAGAUGGUGCAGUUAAGAAACCUUGUUCUCUAAGGAUAUUGUCCAGCAAGAAACCUUCUGCCUUCUGUGGAAUCCGGACUCAGUUACCUAGCCCCAGUCAUCCAGUGCAACGUUAUGCUUCACAUACUUGGAACCGGAGAGGCCGGUUAAGAGAAUUACGCAUCAGAUGUGUGGCCAGAAAGUUCUUGUAUUUGUGGAUUCGAAAGACUUUUGGAAGAGUAUUUCCCGCUAAAGCCAGAUUUUACUAUAAGCAGAGAGUACUACAGAAGGUCUUUGGAGAAUGGAAAGAAGAGUGGUGGGUUUCUAAUCGAGAGUGGAAACUCUGUGUUCGAGCUGAUUGUCACUACAGAUACUACUUGUACAACCUGAUGUUCCAGACCUGGAAGACCUACAUGGAGCAGCAGCAGGAGAUGAGGAACAAGUACAUGAGAGCCAAGGAUCAUGAUGCAAAGCAAAAGAUGCACCAAGCCUGGAAGUCCUGGUUGAUCUACGUGGUGGUUCGGAGGACUAAACAUCAAAUGCAGACCACAGCCCUGGAGUUUAGACAGCGGAGUCUCUUGUGGGUAUGGUGGAGUGAGUGGAGGCGGCGCCUAGAACAGAUCCUCAUGGGUCACGCCCUCUACAUCUCAGCUGUGAAGCACAGAGCCCUGAGCCUCCAGCUGCAGCCCUGGGAGGGCAGCCCUCAAGUUGCUGUCUCUGUUGCAGAGAUGGCGGAACGAUUCCACCGUGUCACCGUGCUCCAGACACACUUCUGUGACUGGCAGUGGGCCUGGGAGAGGAGGGAGAGCUUGUACGCCCGCCGUGCCCUGGUGGGGCUGCUGGCCAAGAGGAUGGCCCUGCGGCGGGCCUUUGCUCACUGGAAGCACUGUUCCUUUGGCCUUAGAGCCCUAAGGUCCAGUGUGGCCCAGACCCGUCUCCAGCAGAUAAGAAGGAACCUUGCCUACCAGCAGCACGAGGCGACGCUGCUGCGCAGGUUCUGGGACUGCUGGCAAUUUCGAGUUGAGCAGAGGGAGGAACUAGAGCAGCGGUCCUUCCUACGCACUGCCUGGAAUCACUACAGGGUAACAUUGCUGCGCAGGUGUGUCAGAUUGUGGUCACAGCACAUUCACCAAAAGCACUGCAAGCAGCUGCUGCAGGCCAGGGCCGACGGCCACUUCCAGCGGAGAGCCCUGCCUGCUGCCUUCCAGGCGUGGAGGAGACUCUGGCGGUGGCGCCAGCACGCAGGCGCCCUGAACACAACAGCCACUUACCAGGACUGGGUGCGGCAUGUCCUACGAGAGGUGGCAGCCAGGGAGAGCCAGCACCACAGACGCCUGCUGCGAGGCGUGUUACAUCGCUGGCGAGAGAACACUGUGGCCCGUGUGGAUGAAGCUAAAAAGGCCUCCCAAGCACGUGAUCAUUACACAAGGACCAUAUGUUCAAAGGUCCUGGCCUGGUGGAGGGAGGCGGCGGCAGUGCAGGUCUAUUACCGCCAGCAGGAGGACUGUGCCGUCAGCGAGGCUCGGCGCGCGCUGGAUCAGGGCUGUGUCCAGACUGUGUUUCGGCGCUGGCGGGAUCGCAGCCAGAGCGUGGCCCGGCAGAGGGUGCAGCUGGAGAGGGCAGCCCGGCAUCACCAGUGCCAGCUCCUGAGGGGGGCAGUGGUGCAGUGGAAGGCCUACCAUCUGGGGUGUAUCAGGGACACGCUCCUGCAGAGGCAAGGGGCCUGGCUCCUGGCCCAAAGGCUUGGCCGGUCCUGCUUCCGUCACUGGAGACGGCAGCUGGCAACCGUGAGGGGGGAGCAGCGGUCCACGGCGCGGGCCCUGUGGUUCUGGUCCUUGUCACUGCAGGCAAAGGCCUGGGGCGCCUGGCGGGACUUUGUGCUGGAAAGGAGGAGAAAGAAGGCGCGGCUGGAGCGGGCGACGCAGGCCCACCACCAGCGGCUCCUGCAGGAGGGCACCGCCCGCCUCCUGCGGUUCUCGGCCGCCGCGAAGGCCGCCCGGCAGCAGCUGCGCGCCCAGGAGCAGGCCCAGGCGGCCCGCAGCCUCCACCGCACCGUCCGCCACUGUGCCAUGCGCUGGAAGCAGAAGGUGCUGGGCCCAGCCAGGGAGCCCCUGGCCCCUGCACCCAACACACCCAGCAGGAGAGUGACGUUCGAAGUCCCCCUUCUCAGCCCUGUUGCUGCUGGGGCUGGGGACACAGCCCUAGAGACCAAGAGGCCAGGAGCAAGGCCCGAGCGAGUUCUGGGCAGCUUGGCCCUGGCUGCUGGGGACGCCCCGCUCCUGGAGCUGAACGCUGCCCGCUUGGCAAGGAAGCAGCCCCGACGCCCCAACUUUGUGCUGGAGCCAGAUCAGAGCCAGAGGGCUGAGAAGGCACGGGAGUGUGGCCUAGGCAUGGCCCAGCCAGCCAGCGGUUCCUUGCCAAAGCCUUUCCUGGCGGAAGCCCAGACAGCCCCGGCCCCACACAGCACCUUGCCCCGACUCAGGGCCCUGCCAAGGCCCCCUGGCCCAAAGCUGCCCCCCACGGCAAGUGCAGGCCCGCAGCCGGUGGUGCUGCCGCCGUCUCCCUUCACGCCGUGUGGGGCGGAGACAGCCGGCGGGGUAUCAGCAGGGCGUCAGCCCCAGGCAACCCCCUCCCUGGCUGGUGCCCACAACCCCCAUCUGCUCUUCCCUGGCGACUUCACAGGCACCAGGGCCCACCCUGGGCUUAGCUCUGAAGCAGCAGGCGACAUUGAACUUGAAAUUGAACUUGAGGGGAUCCGCCAGCAGUUACAGCACUACCAGACCACCAAGCAGAACCUCUGGUCCUGUCAGCGGCAGGCGGGCAGCCUGCGCAGGUGGCUGGAGCUGAGCCGGGAGGAGCCCAGGCCCGGGGACCAGGAAGCAGAGCGUCAGGUGCAGAAGGAGCUGGAGGAGGUGGAGGCGCAGCUCCAGUGCCUGGCGGCCGAGAUCCAGGCCCAGCGCCGGCCCGUUGCUGCCUGCCUUGCCCGGGUCCGGGCCCUGCAGCAGGCCCUCCGCUAG